UAUAAAUAAGUAGCGACUGCUAAAUCCAGCUUUAAGUUGUUGAAGGAUUUAGAAAUAUAAGAGAAACUUCCACUGUGAGAUUAGCAAAAUGUUGCUACAGGCAACAAGUCUUCUUCUGUUGGUUAUGCCACUCGUACAAAGCCAGAAGAAGUCAACGUACACAUAUAUGGUUCUUGUUCCGCGGAAUAUACGCCCAGGAAUGGAUUUAUCGAUCCCGGUGCACUUUUCAAAACCUGUAUUAGGAGAAAGGGUGACAGCGAAACUCAUUCAAAAUAAGCGCACGCGUGAUGGGAAAGAAACAGAGACAGUUCUUUCAGAAGCGUUUGUAAUCAUUACGAAAGGUGGUUCUGAUGCUAUUAUCCGUCUACCGAUUCCUCUCGACAUAUCAUGGGGAAGUUAUAACUUGAAUGUAUCUGGCAGCGGUCCUGUGUCAUUCCACAACUCUACGUCAGUAUACGGCAGGCCAAAAUCUCUGGCUAUCUUUGUACAAACUGACAAAGCCAUGUAUAAACCCGGAGAAACUGUUCAGUACCGAGUUUUUGCCGUAGAUAGCAAAUUAAGUAUGAUAGAUCCAUUGAUGAACAUAGAGAUUUUGGACCCAAAAGGUAAUAAAAUAGCCGAACACAUGGGUGUAAAGGAAAAACUUGGUUUUGAGGGUUCCCUUCAAUUGUCAAAACUACCGCCGAUAGGAAGAUGGCGAAUCAACGUCCAUGCAAACGAGACCGAUGAGAAAGAAGGCUACAAUUUUGAAGUGAAAGAAUAUGUGCUGCCAAAGUUUGAAGUCACUGUUGAGCUAGAUCCUUACGGAAAGAAGACAGAUGCCUACCUAAAAGGAACGGUGAAAGCAGCGUAUACAUUUGGGGAUGCAGUAGGUGGCAGCGUCGUUCUCACAAUAAGUAAACGGUACGGAGCAGGUUUCUUCAAUGCUAAGGCGGUUAGAACAGAUUUGACACUGGUAAAUGGUGAAAGUUCCUUCAGUGUACCAAUGGCUUUAUUGGAAAGAAUUACACGGAACAUCGACUACGAGACAUUCCGUGUCCACGCUAAUGUAACGGAAACAAUCACAGGAAGCACGUUAGAAGGCGAAGGAGAAAUACGUUACUAUAGAAACCCUUAUAAAAUCGAAUUCUUCCCCAAUAUGCCAAACAACUUCAAAUCUGUAUUCGGGCCUUACAAAGUUUUGGUGAGGGUCUUGCAACAGGAUGACAGUCCCCCGGAACUGACAGCAGGCGGCGGCAAACUUAAGAUUACAGUCUCCUACUUCACAGACCAAAAAUGUACCGUAACCUUUCCAGACCGUGUCACAUUCGACAAUUAUACAGUUGUAUCCCCAUUCAUUGGCGGCGAGGUGAUCUUGAAAACAACGAAGUUUUACACAAUCGCUCCAGACGGAACUGUUAAAUUUGAGUUACAAAUUCCUCAACACACAGCAACAUUUACAAUUGAGGCCGAGUAUUCUGGAGUAACGACGUACAAGGAAGUCAGAAGAUUUAGGUCUCCAACAAAUUCGUUUUUUAGAAGUGAAAUUCGGAAUAAUGUAACUGCUAAUCCAUUAAAGAUUGGAGAUAUUGUAACCAUUGAAGUCAAAAGCAAUAUUAAACUGGCAACAGCAAAAUGGGUGGUGUUAUCAAGAGGCCAGUUAGUUGAAAGUGGGACUGUCAUUAUUGGUGGGAAGCCCAGUGUAGGCGAAGUUCAGUUUACUCUGACACGUGCUAUGACACCAACAGCACGGUUUGUUGUAUACUACGUUAAAAAGGACGAUGAAGUGGUAGCUGAUGGAUUAAACUUUGCUGUUGAGGAAAUAUUCGAAAAUAAGGUCACGAUACGGUUCGUCCAGCCAUCUCCACAAAAACCGAAAGCUUUGGUGGAUCUGAGAGUAACAGCUGAUGCGGAUUCGUUGGUCAAUGUUCUUGCCGUAGACCAAAGUGUCAAACUGCUGGCUGAGGGCAACGAUAUAACAACAGAUAGGGUGAAAGAUGAGAUGAACCAAUUUGGUGAUUCUCCUUGGAUCCUUCGAGGUUGGGGACCUAUCACACCGUGGUCAUUCCCUGCUGACGAUGUACACGACAUAUUUGAUAACGCACAGCUUAGAAUUUUAACAGAUGCCGAUGUGUACCGAUUUGACUUAUGGAGACUACCGUACGGGGCGAUGGCGCGUGGGGGUGCUGGAAGAAUGCAAUCAGCUGCGUUUGCAGCGAAAGACGCUGCCCCUGCUGCUUCACCCGAAGGUCAAGCUCAAGGUCAAAUAAGAAAGGAAUUUCCAGAAACCUGGUUGUGGACAUCACAAACAGCUGUCGGCGGGGUUGCGACGUUUUCUCAACUCAAAGUGCCUGAUACCAUCACAAAAUUCGUUGCCAGCGCUUUUGCUCUAAAUCUUAAAACCGGAUUGGGUGUUGCACCGAACACAGCCGAUCUUACUGUGCGUUUGCCUUUAUUUGUAAAGCUUCAGCUUCCUUAUUCUGUCAUUAGGAACGAAUAUGCAGUUAUCCAAGCCAAUAUUUUUAACAAUCUUGGUCAGGAUCAUAACGUUAAGGUGACCUUGUUCGAAUCCGAGGAUUUUGUCGGUAUAACAAUCAACAGCCAGAAUACUGUUACAGAGGUUCCUGGGAAUAUAACCAAAUGUGUUUUGGUGAAGAAAGGUCAGCCUACACCAGUCUAUUUCCAUAUUAAACCCAAGAAGGUAAAGAAAGACAUGAAGCUUAUAGUUCGUGCAGACAUAUCGACACCAAUCUCGAGAUUUGAUGAAGUGCACCGGGAUUUGAUUGUGAAGGCUGAAGGUAUUGAGAAAGAGAAGAACACCCCAAUACUGGUAUCAUUCCAAACAAACAAUGCUGUGGUCGAGACGAGAAAUUUGGUGUAUCCGACAGAACUGGUUCCAGACUCGGAAUUUACUAGAGUUACAGUUUUCGGUGACGUAUUCGGACUAUCGCUUGAAAACAUAGACAACCUGAUCCGGAUGCCGUAUGGCUGUGGUGAACAAAACAUGAUAAACUUUGCACCAGCCGUUUUUGCUGCAGCAUAUAUGAGAAAAACAGGGCGAUUCGACAAUAACAAGAAACUCAUGGAUAAGAUAAAGAACGUCCUGAUGACAGGAUACCAGCGCCAACUGAUAUACCAAAGAUCGGAUGGUUCCUUUAGUGCUUUUGGAGAUGCUGAUUCAGUGGGAAGUUUGUGGCUAACUGCCUUUGUCAUAAAGUCCUUUGCGCAAGCACAUUCGCUUGGUAUAGUGUUGAUAGAUAACAAGGUCGUUGAACGGGCUGUCAGAUUUAUUAUGAAAAAUCAGAAUCCAGACGGCACCAUAAACAAUGUCGGUAUACUGAGUCAUAGAGCUUUGCAGGGUAGUGCGGCAGGUGAUCGUGCCAUGUUAGCGUAUGUACUUGUGGCCUUACAAGAAGUCAAAAACGCUGAAAUACUAAAGGAUCAAGAUGUCAUCAAACAAAUGAACGACGCUAUAGUACUACUGACCAGCGCCUUGGUGCUCAAAGUCCCUCAGAUGACAACUGAUUAUGAGAAAGCCAUUGGAGCUUAUGCUCUCAAACUUGUUAAUAACGGAGGGAGUACUACCUUACUGAACGGACUUGAGAAUAGCGUGAACAAAGUAGAAGUACCAGGUCAGACAAAGCACUGGAACAAUCCGUCACGAGCACUUGAAAUCGAAAUCGCUGCAUACGCAUUGCUUACAUAUUCGAAAUUGGCCGACAAGACAAAUGGAUUGAUGAUUCUUAAGUGGUUGAUUGAAAACAGAAAUCCAUAUGGAGGGUUCUUAUCAACUCAGGAUACCGUCGUGGCACUCCAGUCCUUUACAGAGUUCGCUGCAUUGAUUUAUUCGAAGGAGGUCUCCAUGGUCAUAGAUAUCUGUAAAGACACAUGCGCCAUACCUGCCAACAAGAAACAGAUAAUACUUAACAACCAAAACCACGACAUUCUGCAGUUUGUCGAAUUUGAAGGAAAAAUUGGAAGAAUAAUAGUGGACGUCAAAGGAAUUGGAUUUGCGUUGAUAGAUAUCAAUCAGUUUUUCAAUGUAAAAAGUGAGACAAGUCCUUCCUAUGAUCUGACCAUCACUGUACCGGCAGCGACAGCGACAGCGAAAAAAUAUACAAUCAAAGCAUGCGCAAGAUACAAAGGAAUCAACACUAACAGCAAUAUGGCGAUAAUGAAUUUUGGUGCGGUUUCGGGCUUCAAGCCAGACAAAGAUAAAGUGAUUAAGACACCAAUUAUGAAACGUUUGGAACUGGAGGGUGGAAGGCUUUUUAUCUAUUUCGACCAGAUUCCAAAGAAGGAAAUAUGUGUGAGCGUACCAUACCAGAGGGUUUCAUUUGUAGGAGGUGUACAGGCAUCAAAUGUCAUACUUUAUUCUUACUACGAACCAGACGAAAAAAUAAUGAAGAACUACCUGCCGUCUAUAUUAGAAGACAAGAACACACCACUGUGUAAAGCAUGUAAUAACUGCUGUAGUACAGAAAACCUCUUGCCAGAUUCGGCGUGUUAGAAUGGUUCAUGCAUAAUCGGAUGGAACAGAAUAUUUGCACUACAUUCAAAUGCACUGUACAUACUUUCUUUAAUGCGCCAUGAUAGUCCUACACAAAUAACUUGUGAUGAUAUGCAAUUUUAUGUAAAUUGUUAAUUAUGUUUGCUAUAAAACAUACAUCCAUAGGUAUUAUUUUGUGAGCUGUUACACAUUGGCAUGCACUUGUAUUACAAGGUUAAAUAGCAGUAAUUUGGUCAAAAAUAUACUUCCAUGGUCGAAAAAAAAGUCUAUAAUAAAUAGAUCCUAAUUUUUCUGGUUUUUGAGCAUUUAUGCGUAAACGAGGGGCAAAAUGGAAAUUAUUUAAUUCACUCUUGGGAUGUAUUUUACAUAAAAUAAGACACUUUUCAUGCUUAUAUUUGCAUGUUUUGGAAUUGUUUACUUGAAAAAGAAAGUAGGGUGUUUAUUCUGCGGACUGCUUUGCUUUUUGAAAUGCGCAAUAUAUGAGUAUCUGACUUCAAAUCAACUUGCAUUUCACUGCAUACUAUUCCACACCGCUUUUUCUUUUCAUUUUCUUGAAGCAAAUAUAUGAAUAUCUUGUGAAAAAUAGGUCUACGACGGAGUGAAAAUUUAGAAACUGUUUCAAAAUUGAUCUGAAUUAGCUGAAUAUAUGAAAAUUAAGCAAAAUGUUUUUUAUUGGUAUAUAGCCUUACUAGUAAUAAAGUGCAGUUGUCUACUUUUCUAUAAAUGCCUGUAGGUCUUUUUGUAAUGUUUGUUGAAUCCUAUGUCAUGUAUAGUUUAUUUAACUUUUGCUUAAAUAUUUGCCAAAAAAUAACAGUAUGUAUCAGUUUAAAGAGCAAACUAAAAGAUGGAAAUAAGAACUCUACUUUUUCAAAACAUCAUUGUAUUUUGAUACGUUAUCAACAAAUGCAAAUUUCAACAAUAAUUUGAAAAGCACUGCUUUCUUAAUUUGCCUGUUUGGACGAGCAUAUUAAUCCUUAGCCUGCUGGCGCCAAGUAAAUCUGCCUUUGUGACCAGUGCAGACCAAGAUCAGCCAAGUCAACACCCCUUCUAAUAAUAAAUGGUAUUGCCCACAUUCAAUGAUGGACCAGUCCAUUAUAGAAAUUUAGCAGGGGAAGGGUUAACUAUAUAUUAAGGCAUGGUCGAAUUAGAGAGAUUAACAAAUGUAAUUCUGUUUUAUAGCUUUUUAUUCUCCUUUCUCAUUUUAUAGUUGUAGACUGUAUAGAUUAGAUGAGUUAAUGUGCAAAAAUAAAAAUGCACAAGUCUCUUAUAAUUCAAUUAUUGUAUGGUUAUUUAUAUUUUAUCUAUAAUGCUUUUCUUUUCUGUUGUUUACUUUGUACAUGAAUGAGACUGAAAUAAACAAUAUAUAUA